UCCACCCCAAGUGGAGGCUUCGUCUCUCCUCUUGCUGUGGGACGGGCUCUCCUCAGGUUACCUCGGGGGUGGCAGCGGUCACAGGCCAGCUGGCGCUGCCUCAGGACACAGGAGCAUCCCCGCUGCAGAUGGAGGUGGGUGACGGGCGGCGGCUGCUCCUCGGGGGCCUCCCGUCUCUCCUGCCCACGCAGCACGUUUGCCUCAGAAUCGCUCCGUCCCCCAUUUGGCCAGUGGCUGCGUUGGAGCCUCAGCUUUCCAGCCCCAGUGGUUGGUUGUGCAGUUGGCACCCGAGGUCUACGGUGUCAGCUUGGGAGAGGGGACAAGGACCCUCAAGGUGCAAAUGGAAGAAUACGGGGAGUUGGGCCGUGGAGAGGAGAGUCCCUGGAAAUACCCCGUGCUGCACACAGACCACGGGCAGGCAAAGAUGCCAGACAAUCAAACUUACGCAUCACACAGAUCAAGGUGUGCAAGUUGAAAAUGUUCCCAAGCCAAAGAACUCUGCAUCGGGACAGGAUCUGCAGCCUACCAGAAACGUCCCCGGUGCCAGACAGAGCCUGAAUCACCUCACAUGCACCAGGAAGAGGCUAUUCCGCAGGCUAAAGCUCAACCAGCACACACCUCCUCGGCCAGCCAUUUCUCUGGAAAUAGAAUGUGUCAAAAAAAUAUCGAGUCCAGCGGCCUGGGCUAAUUACCUAGCAGAACACCUCGAUGGUUCCAUGCCUCUGAAUCAUCACGGCCAAACGAGCACUUUCCGGGCCACGCAAGGCCGUGAACACGAGGCUUGCCUCGGCUCAGAAGGGGACUCCGAGGCUGCUCUGAAUCACACGCAUCAAGCGGCCUCGGCCUUCUCAGCUGUGGAACGGGUACAACCGUGAUGCUGACCUUGAUGUGUUGGAAAGGAAAAGCGGCUCUGGACUUGCCAAUGCCUGACCCUGGGCGUGAGGAUAAGCUGGUGACGGUGCGGUGAGUGCAGGCGCUGACCUGCCCCUGGGGCAGCUGGCCCAGCUGGAAGGGAA